UUUAUUCGAGGAUCAAAGGAUAGAUUCUAAGGCCUUCACGAGAAGUUUAAUACAAAUCGUAGCGUUUAUUGAAGAAAUUAAUUAUAAGUAGUAGUUUAUCUUUGAUUCGUCGGGGAAGAAUUUUGUGGAAGAAUUUUGUCUCUGGUUGUGGUUCAUUGAAAGUGGAAUUAGUUUUUGCUGGUGUAUCUCGCGAAGAUCGUAUCGAAGGAAGUGUUAUCGUUCGCGGUGAAGUAUCUCGGUGGAUCGGUGCUGUUCUGUUGGAUGGUCGUUGUUCCCUGCAGCAGGAAGAUUCCAGUUGAAGUUACGGUCGAGAUGAAAAGAUACUCUUCGGUAAGGAACACGCCAAUGCAACCUGUUAUGUUAACCCUUUGCGUUCGACGAGGUUUUCGGUACCUAGUCACCCUAGGGUGACCUUGCAACUUCGUUAUGCGAGUAUUUUACUUGUCACUUCGUUACAAGAAAAUUCGUUUAUUUACGGAGGGUUGGUUUGUUGGGUUUCUUUUUUUAUCAGUUCUAUUUUGUUUUUCACAACAGGCACCUUGUUUAGCGGAUGAAAGCGACGAUACUAAGAAGAUCAAAUCCAUGGAGGAGCCAAACGCGAGGGAGUAUCUGCAAUUGGCGCUAGCCAGAGUGCUGGAGCUUCAACGAGAGAUCAAAGAAGGCACGUACGUGACGGAACACACUAGCGAUCUUGGCGAAUCCAGCAGCGAGGAAGACCUGACGAAAGAGGUCCUGCGAAAGGUGUUCGAGAACUUACCUGGCACGCCAGGUGCGGUCGAUAGCAUCAUCGACAGAGCGUCCGGUCCAAGGAACUCCCAACUCGAAGCGAUCCACGGUAAAAAAAUCCAGCUUCUAGGGUACGACACCUGUCGGAGGACCGCGGUAGACUUCAUGAAGAACGCGGUUUACGAAACGAGGAGAAGCGCUCCUUCCAGAACACCUCAUUCGAAUCAUCCUGGCUUUCGUCUGGGAACUUACUCGAGAAACGAGCCAAGGCUGGCGCAUCGGAGGACAGGCUUGUUGAAAACUUCCCAGAGGAAGGAGGGUGGCUGUCUGUACGACGAGGAAAUUCGGGACAGGAUGCUGAGAAGCUUGGACCUUCACUUAGCUAAUAAACAAAGGGAUUACACCGCGAAAUUGAUGAGGUCGGGAAUCUAGCUUAAGAAAUUGCAGGAUUUCAUCCUGUUUCCUGCUGGAUGCAAUCGCGAUCCCGCAGGGGAGAUGUUUGGGACGUUUGCGAAUGAAUUUUGUCGAGGAACUUUAAUAGUACUUAACCCCUUCAUGCUCGAACGUAGAUGCAAUAAAUUAAGGGGAUAGUAUUUUAUUUUUGGUAAUUUGCCUCUAAUAUGUACCACUGUGCAUUCUCACAAAUUUGAUAUAAUGGGACCACAAUGAGAUAAAUAAUAUUUUUUUUGUUUCACAAGUGCUAAUGUUCGAAGAAUUGUUCUCACGUGAGUCGAAACGAUAUAGUGGGUAUUAAGGGGUGAAGGAACUAUGAUAGGCCGUGAUUGUUUAAGAGAACUCGUAAUAUUUAUUAACAUCGUUUGAUCUAGUCAAAUAAAUCCAGGGUUGUACCUGCCUUAAGCAUCGAUCUAGUCAUGCACACAAGUCACUGAAAGUAUUAAUUGCGAUGGCGAGGCCUCGCUAAAGAUUAUUUUUCUACAAUUGUAUAGGAGUUGGAGAAAAUAAUAUGAAUGUUAAUUAAUUCUUCUAUCGAAACAAUCUUCCAAUUACUUGAGAGUUGUUUAGGGGAGGGAUCUGCUUAAAUAAUAUAAUUUUAACAGUGUCCACGUCAGAUAUAGAUGUAUUAUUCUCUUGGAAAAUGGCAUCACUCAAGCACACACAAUCAAUUCCAUUGAUAUUCAUACCCUAUUGAUGAAAUUUAUCUAAAUUAAAUUGUAGGUUUAAUGUUUCGAAAUAAAUUUUUCAUUACAAGUACACAAACGUGUAAAGUAUAUUUAUAUACAGCCACUGUAAUAAGUAUUCGUACAGGAACCAUUUAUUUUAAAUUGGUAGCUGUACAAAUACUUCUCACGCUGACUGUACAUAUUUACAAUGAAACAUUUAUUCAGAAACAUGAAAUCCAUAUAAAUCCAUAUAUAUCCAUGAAUUCAUAUAAAUUUCGUCAAAAGACAUGGAGGGUACGAAUAAUUUAUGA